UGGGCACAGGAGGAGGCUCCCAGAGAAGGAUGAGUGUGGCCUUCCUCUUCUCACUAUUGAGCAUGCUUUCUGUGGUCCCACUUUCUACCAUGGUAUGAAGAAUUAAGAAGGUCCUAUCAAGAUGAAGACCUUUGAUCUCAGACUACUUAACUUCCAGAACAGUAAGGAUGAGUCUCUAGUCUACAGAGUGUCCAGUGGUCUGUAGUCAGUAUUGUGCUACACCAUCACAAAAUGGUUGAACACAGUAAUCAAAAGCUUCUGGGAACACUGAGAAUCCUGGCUUUUUCAGCAUUCUGUCUUGGCCCACCCCAACAAGGAACUGCUGGAGCAUAUGAAGGUGCCAGUGUACCGAUCCAAAGAUGCAGGAUCUUCAUGAAUAAGAAAUGACAAUAGAAGAAGAAGAUGAUGUAUGCCGCAAAGAAGAGAAUUAAAACAGAAGGGACCAACUUGGCAUGGAAGAGGUUAUGUAGAAACUGAAAACCAUUCUGUUGUUAUUGGAGGAUUAUUUCCUGUUCACUAUAGGACCAUGCUAAUAAGGAACUCUGAUGAGGAACCAGAACCAGCCAUGUAUGAGGGGUUUAACUUCCGGGGUUUCCGUUGGAUGAAAACCAUGAUCCACACCAUCAAGGAAAUUAAUGAGAAAAAAGGUAUUUUGCCUGAAUACACUCUGGGCUACCAGAUGUUUGACAACUGUUUCUCCACCUCCAAAGCAAUGGAGUCAUCUUUGAUGCUUCUAACAGGGCAGGAAGAAUACAAGCCUAAAUUUAGAAAAAGCACUGGAAAAUUUCUAACUGGAAUUAUUGGAGCAGAAGGAUCCACCUUGUCAGUUGAUGUUUCAAGGCUUCUAGGGCUGUAACAAAUACGUCAGGUGGGCUAUACUUCUUCCUUCUCAAUUCUUAGUGGCCGUUUCAGGUUUCCAACUUUUCUUCGCACAAUACCCAGUGAUAAUAUCCAGUCUGAGGCGAUGGUGAAUCUCAUCAAACACUUUGGCUGGGUCUGGGUAGGUGCUAUUGCAGCUGAUGAUGAUUAUGGAAAAUAUGGAGUGCAAACCUUUAAGCAAAAAAUGGAGAAAGCCAACCUCUGUGUUGCUUUCUCUGAAACCAUUCCAAAAGUCUACUCCAAUGAGAAAAUGCAGAAAGCUAUUGAUGCAGUGAAGAGUUCCACUGCCAAAGUCAUUGUCCUUUAUGCAACUGAUAUUGACCUCAGCCCUUUUGUGUUAGAAGUGGUUCAUCAUAACAUAACUGACAGGACACCGAUAGCCAGCGAAGCCUGGAUUACCUCAGCUCUCAUUGCAAAGCCUGAGUAUUUCCCCUAUUUUGGUGGAACUAUUGGAUUUGUAAUACCAAGAAGUGUUAUACCAGGAUUAAAUGAAUUUCUUUAUGAUGUACACUUUAGCAUGGAUCCAAAUGAUGUCUUGACCAAUGAAUUCUGACACACUGCUUUUAACUGUACCUGGCCCAACAGCAGUUUGCCUUACAAUGUGGAUCACAGAGUGAAUAUGACUCAUAAAGAAGACAAAUUGUAUGACAAGUCUGAUCAGCUCUGCACUGGAGAGGAGAAGCUGGAAGAUCUGAAAAAUACCUAUCUGGAUACAUCUCAGCUAAGAAUCACAAACAAUGUCAAACUAGCUGUGUAUCUUUUGGCAUAUGCCAUAGAUCGUUUCAGCAAGCUUGACCUAACAGAAGAAGAUAGGGAAAGUAUAGUAUGUCCAAAUAUACCUGAUCUUGAGGCCAAUAAGCUAUGGGAUUACCUUAGGGAAAUAAAAUUUACUACUCAUGAUGGAAUCAAAAUGAAACUUGAUUGUAAUGUAGAGAAGGAAAUUGGAUAUUAUGCUAUCCUCAAUUGGCUCAUGGAUGAUGUUGGAGAAAUCACCUUUGUCAAGGUUGGAGAAUAUAAAUUCACAAGUUCAAAAUAUAAACUUGUUCUUCCAAAGAUCUCAACAUUAUUUUGGAACACUGAAUCUUCUAGGCUUCCAGAUUCAUUCUGCACAAAAAUGUGUACCCCAGGGACCCAGAAAGGGAUUUGCCACAGACAACCCAUUUAUUGCUUUGAUUAAAUCUCAUGUGAAGAUGGAUAUGUGUCAGAGAAACUAGGAAGGAUGGAAUGA